GAUGGAGCCCAAGACGCUGCGAUUGCUGCGCCAUGGCGAGGCGUUCCACAACGUGGAGGGGGAGAUCUUGCUCCAGAUUGGGAGCGCGUGGAAGGUACUGUUUGACGGGCGGUGGAGGCGCCUGAGGAUCAGCCACAUCGUUAGGGCGUUGCGCUGCGUGUGGAAUCUCAUGUUCUGUAGCCUUUUGCUCCAAUCUUCUAAAGUCACUACAAGCUCUAACAAGCCGACUACUAGUUACUACGAGCACACUGAUGCAAGCCUAACGUCCACUGGCUGGCAGCAAGCUGAGCAGCUUGGCAAGGAACUUGAGAGUUCUGGAGUGAGAGAUCGUGUUAGCCUUGUUGUGGUCUCACCCUUAACUCGGACGUUGCAAACAGCGGCCGGUGUGUUUGGAGGAGGCAAUCACUCUGAUGUUUCACAACUUCUGAUGGUGCAUUUCGCUGGAAGGUGUCCUCACCCGGCAAUCUCCAGCUCGGGCUCUCCUCCUUUCGUUGCGGUAGAGCUUUGUAGGGAGGAAAUGAGCGUGAUGCCUUGCGACCACAGGAGUUCCAGGAGUAAAAACGAGCUUCAAUUCCCUGGGAUCGAUUUCUCUGAGAUUGAGCAAGACCAAGACGAGUUGUGGAGGCCUGAUGUCAAGGAAACUGAAGAAGAGCUCGGCAGAAGAACUAGAGCUUUCCUCGAAUGGCUGUCCAAUCGUAAAGAGAAGGAUAUAGCUGUGGUCUCUCACGGAGGAUUUCUGGUCAAUUUGCUCACUAAGUUUGGCGACAAGAACGUCAACACUACAAGGUACGCAAAUUGUGAGCUACGUAGCGUGGAGUUUCGCAAGGUUCUCACCCAGUCGGGAAGCGGAUACACGUUUGAACUCUCUCCGGCCUGAUAGAGGCUUGAGCAUUGUCAUGUUUAGAAGAGCUUCAGCUGCAGUCUUUCUCAGCUAAAUUAGCAGACCCGUUUGGCCAUAUUGUCAAGCAGAUCUCCAGCUCCAUCUUCAAGCAAAGGCCGUGAAUGAGCCUGGUAUGUGAUCACGUUGGGAGGAGUACAGUCGCUCGCCAGUAUCUGAAGCCUCGGGUAAAAGGGAGCUAAUGUCUCGCACACUAGGUGGCUGUUGCUGUAACUUGGCCAAUGUAUUGAGAUGUCGUUGUUCCGUAAGCGCAGCACGUUACUGGA